AUAAAUUAUGGGAUAUAUAACUGGAAUUACAUUUGAUUUAAGCCUAAACAAAAAAGACACGUAAAGAAGAAAAAUAAAAAGUGACAUAUCCAAAGAGAGCCUGCAAAGCUUGACAAAAGAGAAUCAAUCUUUAUUUUCUCUUUUUCUUCUGUGGCUUUGAGAGCAACGACCCUUUUCCCUCUAAAAAACUUCCAGCCCACUAACACCCAAUCUUGUUAUUUUCGCUUCCCCUCCUUCCCCAAUAUAUAUUUAUUUUUAUCUCUUUCUCUUCUCAUUCUACUUUGUUUAGUUCUUCACGGCUCUCUGUCUGUUUGCGUCUGAUUGAGAAGAAAAAAAGAAAAAAAAAAAAAAAAAGGAAAAAUAUGGAAGAUGAAGAUCAUGAUCACUAUGUUCCUGUGGAAGCCAAGAAUUACUACGCAGCAAGAUUAAUGAUGUCUCCGGAGAUUGUAGAAAUAGGAGAAGAUAGCAGAAGCGUUGCAAGUAGCAGAGAAGUUGGAUGUUGCAGAGAUGUAUAUGUUGCAGUUGGUAAAGAUGACUUAGAUGUUCUGAAAUGGGCUCUUGAUAAUGUUGUUUCAUCCGGUUCUCUGGUUUUUCUCGUCCAUGUCUUCCCACCCAUCACUUAUAUUCCUACACCAGUUGGAAGAUUAUCCAGAAGCCAAUUGAGCAAAGAUCAAGUUAGAGUUUACAUAAACGAAGAGAAUAACAGAAGAAGGAACAUGUUGAUGAAAUACAUAAAGUUGUGCAAUGACGCCAAGGUAGCAGUUGAUACCGUUUUGCUAGAGAACAAUGACACAGCCAAAGCAAUUCUUGAUCUUAUUCCUAUUCUUAACAUAACCAUUCUAGUUAUGGGAACCAAAAGACUAUAUUGCUUAAAGAGAUCAUUGAGGAAAAGGUUGGGGAAAGGAGAAACUGUAAAGAAGAGUGCACCAGAAAGUUGUGAAGUUACCAUUGUGUAUAAUGGCAAAAAGGUGGAAGAUGGUGAAAAAGUGACAGAGCUUGUUCAUAAUUCAUCUCUGCAGACUUCCAGUACUGGGAAAUCAGAAUUUUCUCGGCAAUCUGAACGAAAUUUCUUCGAAUGUUCAUGCUUUUCAGUGUGUAGGAGGAAAAUCAAGGGCUCUUAAGAUUUUCCAACAAGAUCAAAGAAAGGAUCUGCAAAACAGCAAAGUGAAACACAGAUUCUAUGGUUAGCGGUUGGAAGGCCGAGACCACCAAAGGCCAAAGUCAUCCAAGCCUAUGCAGGAUAUCAUUGGAUCAAAUACCAUAAAUGAUAGGGAGCUUAUAUUGAUAUUGAUACAUACAUACAUAUAUAUAUAUAUAUAUAUAAAUAUAUAUUUGACCAUUUUAACAAAAUUAAUUUCAAAUUGUUGAUUUGUUUUUUUGUUGGUUACAAAAAAAUGAUAAUAAUAAUAAUAAUAACUACUUUAUGACACAAUUCCAAGCAAUUUAAGAGACAUGCUUUUGUAAACCACGCAAUAUGAAAAAAGUUAUUUUGUUUCCUUUUCUUGUAUUUUACCUGAAUUACUGUUUCUAUAUUUAAGGAUAAUAUAGCAUGAAAAAAUAUAUAGAAAAAUUAUUUUGGAGGAAAUUUGCCAGAUUUGAAUAUUGAUAAUUGAACUGUUUUUUCAACCAAAAAAAUUGAUUUUUAUUUAUUUAUUUAUUUAUUUUUUGUCAGUUGGACGGUCCAACGACGUCCUUCAUAUUCAAUGUAAUCCGAAUCUAACUUUGCUUGGAAAACAGAAAUAAACAAAAAUCAAAUUUUUUUUUUAUUUUUUUAUUUUUUUAUUUUUGGGGUUAAAAACAAAUGUCAAGUUAGUGACAAGUCAAAACGGUGGAGUAG